AACCUUGUCAGGCUAUUGGGAUGCGGAAUUGAAGGUGAGGAAAAGCUGCUCAUAUACGAGUUUAUGCCAAACAAAAGCCUUGAUUUCUUCAUCUUUGAUCCGGAGAAACGUCCACAACUUGAUUGGAAGACAUGCUAUGAAAUUAUAAGUGGAAUUGCCAGGGGACUUCUUUAUCUUCACGAGGAUUCCCGACUUAAAAUCAUUCAUAGAGAUCUAAAGCCCAGCAAUGUACUGUUGGACCAGGACAUGGUUGCCAAGAUAUCAGAUUUUGGCAUGGCAAGAAUUUUUUGUGAAAACCAGAAUUCAGCUAACACUAAAAGAGUUGUGGGAACAUAUGGAUACAUGGCUCCAGAAUAUGCAAUGCAGGGGUUGUUCUCUAUGAAAUCCGAUGUUUUUAGCUUUGGCGUGAUAGUGCUAGAGAUUCUGUGUGGGCAAAAAAAUAGUGGCUUUUACCUAACAGAACAUGCCCAGACACUUCUUGCUUAUGCCUGGCAAAUAUGGAGAGAAGGAAAAGAAUUGGAAAUAGUGGACCCUUUUUUGCUGGAAUCAUGCUCAACACCGGAAAUCAACAGGUGCUUUCAUGUCGGGCUUUUAUGCGUGCAGGAAGAUCCAGCAGACAGACCCACCAUGUCUGAAAUUGUGGUUGACUUAGGAAGGGAUACGGAUACGAUUGCUCUUCCUGAACCAAAGAAACCCGCCUUUUCUGUGGGCAGAGUGAUCGCAAUUGAUCAGUCUUCAACGAUGGAUCCAUCAAUGAAUCAGAUAACAGUAUCUGAUAUCUCAGCCCGUUGAAUGCGUUGACCACAUUAACAAAUUAAAUUUAAUCUAGCAGCUGUCAACUGAUCUCCUUGAUAGGACAAAAUUUCAGUGUUCAAAAUCUCUAUUCCCUUUGUUCAAUGUAACAAGAAUAUUGCUGAGAUUGUUCUGUUCAUGGGGCGUGAUCAUAAAAUAUUAUUAGA